UCAUGCGCAAAGCAGCCAGAGUCAUCAGUAUUUACAACGGAUGGAAAUCAGUAUAGAAAAUCAUAUGAAGUCACGACCAUUGAGUUUUAUGGUCACGACCGUGUCAGUGUAAAAUAGUUGUGUUUUGAAAACAGGAAACGUCAUGGCACAUGUGUUAUUGUUAAUUUUGUUUUGAUUAUAACCAAAUAAUCACAGUCAAUGUGCCACACAUGGAAGGACAUUUCUUUCCUUGUUUUCUUUUAUAAAAAUCUUAUAUUACCUUUGUUAAACGCUUGAAACAUUUUAUAAAUAUGCAAAUGUUUGACAGACUGAAGAAAACUGUUACAUCAGUAAUAGGCAAUCCAGUUUGUCGUGAGUAUGAAAUAACAAAUCAAAGAGGAACUUGUGGUCCUGGAGGUUUGUGGAAAAUUUAUGAUGGCCGCAAGAAGUCAACUGGACAGGAAGUAUCUGUGUUUGUUUUUGAGAAGAAAAUUUUGGAAAAAAUUGAUAAAAAGUCAAGUGAACUAAUAUUAGAAGCAAUGAAAUGUGGACCUACAAAUCUUGCUAGACUACGGCAUCCAAGGUUGUUAGUGGUCCAACAUCCUCUUGAAGAAUCAAGGGAUAGUCUGGCUUAUGCUACUGAACCUGUGUUUUCUUCAUUAUCAACCAUCUUGGGUGAUCAUGGAAACUUUGUGUCAGCUGUACCAAAAGAUGUUCAGGAUCAUGAAUUAUAUGAUGUUGAAAAGGUUUAUGGAUUAUACCAGAUAGUUGAAGGAUUAGUUUUUCUUCACCAAGAUGCUAAACGUCUUCAUGGGAACUUAACAACCCAAUCUGUUGUUAUUACAAAGAAUGGUCAGUGGAAGAUUACUGGCUUGUACUUCAGUAAGAUGGCAACAUCUUCUGAUCAACAGUUUCAGGCAUCAUUUAGUUGCCGAGGAUGGGACUCUCAAUUGAAUCCUCUGUGUCAACCUGAGCUGAACUAUACUGCACCAGAACACAUAUUGUCAAGAACAUGCUCAACAUCAGCAGAUUUAUUUUCCUUGGGCAUGUUCAUUUAUGCUGUUUAUAAUGGUGGAAAACCACUGUGUGAUUGUCAGGGUGACAUUUCCAAGUACAAGAAAUUUGUGGAAAAGAUUAGUCAAACUUCCCCGUCUCUUGGUAAUGUUCCUUCAGAUGUUGAAGAACAUGUAAAAUAUUUACUUUCCGUUUCACCAGAAAGGAGACUUGACAUUCACCAACUUUCUAAGGUGCAAUAUUUCGACAACGUUGCAGCUCAAACUCUUCAUUAUUUGGACACAUUGAUGCAAAGGGACAACAUGACCAAGUCACAGUUUUUUAAAAGUUUAUAUAAAAUAAUCUCAAUGCUACCAAAGCGUGUCGUUCUUCAGCGAGUGCUACCUCAUUUAUGUCUUGAAUUCAGUAAUCAUGCCAUGAUUCCUUUUGUUCUUCCCAAUGUCUUACUAAUCGCUGAAAAUUGUUCCAACGAAGAGUAUUUCGAAUUGAUAUUCCCCAAACUUAUUCCCGUUUUGAAAAUUCAAGAGCCCAUUCAGGUUGUACUAAUAUUGCUGAAGAAGAUGGAGCUACUGUUGACAAAAACACCAAAAGAAUCAAUUCAACAUCAUGUCCUGCCGAUGGUAUUUCUCGCACUGGAGGCGCCAUCAGAUCAAGUCCAAGAAUUAGCUUUGACAAUCAUUCCAAAUUUUGCUAAAAUGAUCGAGUAUGCUGCCAUGAAGCACUCCAUUAUUCCAAGAAUCAAAACACUUUGUCUUAAAACAAGUACAUUUUCUGUUCGCGUUAACUGUCUCGUGUGCCUGGGAAAGAUACUAGAGUACUUGGAUAAGUUUCUUAUAAUAGAUGAAAUUUUUCCUCUUUUUCUGGAAGUGCCUAGCCGCGAGCCGGCAGUUUGCAUGGCUAUUUUAGGUAUAUAUAAGCAAACGACAGUACAUAAGAAAUUGAGUCUUGAUAAAGAUUAUAUAGCAAAGUCAGCUCUGCCGUUCUUAUUACCACUGUCAGUAGAACCUGGUCUUAACAUCUCUCAGUUUUCUCAGUUUAUGUCUGUAAUACGUGAAUUGAUAAGCCGUGUUGAAACAGAGCAGAAAGCUAAGUUACAGCAGUUGAAACAAAUGCAAGAGGAGACAAAGUCAUCUCUUGCCUUUGCUCAAGAAGUGCAGGACAGCAAACAAAUGGAUGAUCUCAUGGGCCAAGUCACAAAUUUAUUGUCAACAAGUUCUAGUGCAAAAACUGAAAAGAAAGACGCUUUAAAUUCUGACAACAAAAGUGGAGCUAAUGGAAGUGCGGCAUUCAACAAGUUCUUUGGUUUCACAAAUGAUGGAAACGAAUCUCAGAGCAUCAAAGAACUUCAAGUAAAUCUGAGUGAUACGACUUCAUUGACGCCCGUAAAAUCUCUUAAUUCAAACCAACCGUUGACGCGAAGUGCGGGAACGUCCGCAACCACGAACACAUUUCUUCAUUCAUCAGUAAAUCGAAAUCUCGAUAUGAUAGCUCCUCCGGCCUCUCAAAAUACCAAGUUUAAUGGAUCGGCUAACAACGUUGUAACGCGUAAUUUUCCAACACAAUCAUCCGUCCUUCCAUCGCAGCCUUCUCAACUAGGUUUACGUCCCAGUGGUGUAGGUAACUGGCCAAUGGGUAUGUUUUCUAUGGGUGCUGGUGGAUUGUCAAAUAAUGUAGGAAUGAUGCCUGGAGGCAAUGCCGCGUCAUCGUGGAGACCGAACGCACCUCAACUAGGGAACACUUCAUUUUCUCUGAAUUCCUUGGAAAUUCCGGGAUUUCAGAGCAGCCAGUCACAUACAAAAACCCUCAACCAACUGAAAUCAAUGCAAGGAGUCCAAGGACAAGUUGCAACACAAGUUCGAGGUUCACCUAAAGUUCCUCCAGAGCUUAUGACAACAUCACCAAUGCACCAAUUAUUGACAAUGGGAAAUCAAAAUUCCGGAUCAAAUGCGCCCAUCUACAAUCAGAACUCAGAACAGCAACAAAAUACUGAUUUACUGGAUAUAUUCGGAUAAUAUAGGAUUGAAUAAGGAUACCUUCACGUUCGCGCCCAAUUAGUUUAUAUAUAGGAUUAUUAUUUAAACGAUGAAAAAAUAAUCUCUUGAACUCAUUUUACAAUUCCUAUCUUAAUAACUUUACUACAAUCUAUGGAGAUUCCGGUAUACUAGUUAGAGGUAAACAUUUCUAUUUGGAAAGUUGUCUUUAUGUGAUUUUUCAGUGGUUUUUCUAAACUAUUGAAUUCGCACAAGGGAAGUGUCUAUUACCUGCGAAUAAUUGAAAACUCUUUGAGAGUAUGUAAAGAAUCUAUGUGAGAAUCCGUAAUAUCGAACUUUUGAAGUUCUUAUAACUAAUUUAUAACAAUUGAAAUGAUGCAUAUUAAUUGACCGUAAUUGUUAUUCUGUACAAGCUAAAAUAAAAGAGUUGGUGUUUAAUGA